UUAAUGGCGCUGCUUGAAUGUUUCGGUUCUAUUCCUCUUUCAGUUUUUGUUUAGUAGCUGUUGCAGUUAAAUCUAUAAUUACAACGUAGUUUGUUCGCGCGUGGGCACUGUUUUAAAGUAAUACUUGUAAAUUAAAAUUAAGGAAAAGUGUAGAAUUUAUAAAUUCAAACAAUGCAUUUUACAAAUUAAGACUUUUUGCAUCCAAUGAAAAGAAAUAAAUAACCAAACUUUGAAUUAAAAAAAGAACAAAUACAAAGUGCUGAGUACAAAGUUUUUGUUCUAGCAUUCGUCUUUGCGUCAUACAGCCAUAGUAGACGAGAGAAUUCGCUAAAAAGCGACGCGAGUAAAAAUCGCCCUGCCUUGUGUGCUACUUCGUCUGUUCCAACUUAAACAACUGCAAAAUACAACGGAUCGUAGGCACUGCUGGCGCAACACACGUUUAAAAACUUUACAUUUCUAAUUGUAGCCAAAGGUGGCUGCCCUAUAGUAAUAUUCCCUAGAAGUCAUAUAUACAUUGACAUGGUCAUAGCGAAGUUCUCAGUGGAUUUUUGUUUUUUUCAGUUCGGUAAUUUUUAGAGCGUCAUUAGCGAUUGUUGAACAGUUUCCACGUCAAAUGCAUGGACCUCAGCUACGUUGUCAAGAAUAUCUUUGUUGAAAUAGAUUCAGCUCUUUUAGUACGAUUCUAGCAUUGACACGCUUCAAGCACUGUGUCUUAAACAUUUUAAUAUUAUUGUCAUUACCAGAGGUGGAUGGACGACUCGUAUGAGUUUUUAAAAAUGAUCACUACAUUUUUAUUAAAGUGGAAAAUGAAUUGAACCUUGAGUAAAAACGCAGCAACUGUGUAAAUAUCUACGUUGAAGCUAAACCAAACAAUUUUUUACAUACAAGCACUGUAAAUUAGAAAUUACUCUGUCGAACGUAAGCAGAUAAAAUUCAUUUACAAGGAUUAAAGAAGCAAUAUUGGUCAUUUAGCUCACCUGCUAAAAUGGCCUCUUCUCCUACCCCAUCAUUGGACUCCAUACGUGGUACUAAUUCCAUAGAAUCUUACGGCGAACACACAGGAUAUUUAUCUGACUCCCCAUUAACACUGAGCGGCUCAUCACCACCAGUUAGUGACUCAGCCAUUUGUGACGAAUUUACCAGCUCCUCAGGAUCCGUUAGUAAUCAGCAUCAUCCCAUUUCGGCUUCAGUAUCAUCUUCGUCGUCGUCGUCUAGUAGCGGUCUAAGUGGUUGCGGCAGCACAAGUAGUGCUAAUAGUAAUAGUUGCAGCAACAUAAAUAACGGUAGUAGUGGUAGUGGUGUAUUAGGCGGUAUCACUUGUAACAGUACUAAUGGUCCUGGCGUUAUUGGCAGCAAUUUGAACGGUAAAGGUAGUCCAUCGUGCAGCAAUCUGCUUACCAAUAAUAGCAUUGUGAGCGUAUCUACAGCUAAUGGUGGUGCCGUACCGCGUUGUACCGCUUGUAAGAGUAAACAAUCAGAUGCUGUGGCGAGAUGUUUUGAGUGUAUCAGCUAUUUAUGCGCCAAUUGCGUUACAGCACAUCAAUUUAUGCAUUGUUUUAACGGGCAUAAUGUUUCAUUAAUAAAAGGUUUUGAUACGACCGCAAAUAACGUGACCACGGCAGCAUCAACGACACCAACGUCCUCAGUCACCGCCACAAAUAUAACCGGCCCUACGUCCAACAAUCUGACUACAAACGAUUUAAAGUUAUCUAGUUCUCUAACUAUGAUGUUGCAACAACAACAACAACAGCAGCAACAGCAACAAAUCACCAAAUUUACGCAACUCUCCAAAAUGGUAAUGAAUUCACAUCUUGUUGGUAGUAAUAAUGCCACUAUCUUGGGUGAUAAUGGUGAACAAUUGGAAAAUAGCAGUAACGCUGAUGAUUUAUUUGGCAAUAUAGUGCCACAAUUACGUUCAACAUCAUAUUGUCGUCGCCACAAAAAUGAAGCUUUGAAAUUCAAUUGUCGUACAUGCUGCAAGAUUGCUUGUAAUGAAUGUGUCCUGCAGGAGCAUUCAGCUGGCUUGCAUGAAGUUGAACAUAUACAAGAACAUCAAUUAUCGACAGUUUUCCCACCAAAUAAUACGUCGACAACGGCAACGUUCAGCAGCCAACAACAAUCGUCAUCCGAAACGGUGUUACAAACUGUAUUGACUGAAUUGCGUGGCAAAAUUGCCGAAAUUGUAUCGCUGGUCAGUAGUAAUUCGGACAAUAAUUCCAGCAAAAUAAAAAUGCAAUAUCAAAAAGCACACAAUGAGGUCAAUGAGACUUAUCAAUUCUUCUGUUCGAUGAUUGACGAACGUAAGCAAGAGGUUUUGAAGGAACUCGAGAGCUUAUAUAAUGCCAAAGUGGCAUCGAGCGGUGUCUGGUUGCAGCGCUCCAAGGAACUCAUCGAGAAAGCAGUGCAUACAUGCGAUAGUUUGGAACGUUCACCGAAAACACAUAGUGUCACCGAUGUAUUAAUGUUGCGCAAAAUGCUCGAACAGCAGCUACAAACCGCUUUAAUGGAUAUGCAAUUACCAUUUGAAUUAGAAUUUGUUUCAAAUUACCAGUCCAUACAGGCAGGUGUACGCAACACGUUUGGUUAUGUUCGACCAGGCAACGUUGAAGCAACUAGUGGUGGUCAAUUAGUUAAACAGCCACCUAUAGCCAGACCGACGCAGAGCUCAUCCAAUAGCAGCAGCAGCAAUAGUAGUCUCAGUGGUGUGGGUUCAACACAUUUGCCACUCGGUUUGGGUUUGUCAAGUAGCCUACUCGACACUUACAAUAAUGCUGUGGUUGGUAGCGGUGUAAACGGUGUUGGCGGUUUACUUGGACGUAGCGGCAAUCAUAAUUUGAUUGUUAACGGUGGCGCCAACAGUAACGCAAAUUUCGAAGAAUUGAUGGCUAAGCGUUAUCAUAACCAUGCAACGGCCGUCAAUGGUGUUAUUGCACCCUAUGUCAGUGUUAAUCCCUAUGAGAAAUGGAGUAAUGGUGGUAGUGAUAAUAUUUUCUCUACUACAGAUCCAUUUUCUAGCGCACAAUUACUUAACUCACUGACAAGCAGUGUGGGCGCCAGCAGCAGCGCACUCAAUGCACUAACUGUACAAGCUGGUAAUGCAUCAACUGAUUCGCUAAUGGAUUUAACUUCGAAACUGCUCUCUACCUCCACUUAUCCACCUAAGUCGCAAAUAAAGCGCCAGAAAAUGAUUUACCAUUGUAAAUUUGGUGAAUUCGGUGUGCUGGAGGGACAAUUCACCGAACCCAGUGGUGUUGCAGUAAACGCACAAAAUGAUAUAAUAGUCGCCGAUACGAAUAAUCAUCGCAUACAGAUUUUCGAUAAGGAAGGACGUUUUAAAUUCCAGUUUGGUGAAUGUGGUAAACGUGAUUCACAGCUGUUGUAUCCAAAUCGUGUAGCUGUCGUGCGUAAUUCCGGUGAUAUAAUUGUUACCGAACGUUCACCAACACACCAAAUACAGAUCUACAAUCAGUAUGGGCAAUUUGUACGUAAAUUUGGUGCCAAUAUAUUGCAACAUCCACGCGGUGUCACCGUGGACAAUAAAGGACGCAUCAUUGUGGUGGAGUGCAAAGUGAUGCGCGUCAUCAUUUUCGAUCAGAAUGGCAAUGUGAUUCACAAGUUUGGUUGCAGCAAGCACUUGGAGUUUCCCAAUGGUGUUGUGGUCAAUGACAAACAGGAGAUUUUCAUAAGUGACAAUCGUGCACAUUGCGUUAAAGUCUUCAAUUAUGAGGGUCAGUAUUUGCGACAAAUUGGCGGCGAAGGUGUCACCAACUAUCCAAUCGGUGUGGGCAUAAAUUCGAAUGGUGAAAUUUUAAUUGCUGACAAUCAUAAUAACUUCAAUUUGACGAUUUUCACGCAAGAAGGACAACUAGUGAGCGCACUGGAAUCAAAGGUUAAACAUGCACAAUGCUUUGAUGUGGCACUCAUGGACGAUGGCAGCGUCGUACUGGCUAGCAAAGAUUACCGUCUAUACAUCUACAGGUAUGUUCAGGUCCCACCAAUUGUUAUGUAAAUGUGGAGAAUAGUAAAGCAAACAAAACGAAAGAUUGCGCAUAAUUACCUAAAUGUUAAGUCGGAGUAAUAUGUAAAGGAUAAGCAAGCAUGUCGUGUGACAGUUAACCGAUGCAGAAACUGCACCGAUGCCGGUAAACGUUUUCAUUUACAAUAAUCUAAUCUUAAUAUUAAAUGUUAUGUGUGUAUACGGUCGUUCAUUGGUAAGGCCACUUGCAUAAGAUAAUUAUUAUUAUUACAAUUAUUAUUAUUAUUAAUAUUACUUUUUGCACAGAUAAGAUUGACACGCAAUUAUGCAUUGUAUGUACCUAUUAUAAAGUGUACAUAUGUUUGUUGUACCCAGUUGUCCUGCUAUUUUUGAUACUUCGAAAGCAAAAGAGCAGCAAACUACCACAGUAAAUAAGUUUGCUCUGGUACCCACUGCUUUAAUGACCAUAUAUAUAUUUAAAUGUAGAAGUUGUAUUGUUUUGACACAACUAAAUGCUGCUAAAACCAAUUGAGUUAAGGAUGAAAAAAAAUAUUGAGAAAAAAACAAAACACAAUAACAAGAAAUCUUAGCAUUAAUUAAAUUAGUGAAACUUAAUUAUAAACACGGAGACAGUUAAUGGUUUUCUUAUUAUCUACUUAUAAAUUAUUUGUUAUUUUUUAUACCUUUUGCUUGUUUCUUUUUAAUUUAAUUUUAUUUGUAAUUUAUAUGCGCACACUGGUUUAUUUGUUUUUUUUUAUUUUUAUUGAAAUUAUUACUCAUGAUGAUGAUGAUGGUAUAUGUAUUUUAGAUAAAUUUUAUUUCGAGCAAAGCAUUAAGCAUUGUUAGUCGUUAAAAAAUUAUAUUUUUUUAUUUUUAUAUAUAUAAAUAGUUUUGGUUUUAUAGACUGAACUGAACUAUUUUGUGUGUAACUAAGAAGAAAAAAUAUAAAAAAUGUUAAAACUAAAAUUAAAAACAAAAAAAAAAUAUUCUGCACAAAAAAAGGUUUUUUUGGUAAGCUGUUGAUGAAAUGAACUUGUGUGAAAAAUAAAUGAUUUUGAAUAAAGAAGAAAUGAACAUUUAGUUAAACGAAAAUGAAGCUAAAAAUUAAAUAAUAUUAAUAUAAACGAAAAGUAAAAUAUAAAUUUUGGCAAUCAAAUAAGACUUGAAAACAACUUAGCAAAUAGUUUGUAAAUUUGCAUUUGAAAGUAGACCUUUUACUUAGUUAAAGAAAAAUAAAAAAAACAAAUUAAACAUAAAAAUUAAAAAGAGUUAUAUUCAUAAAAUGAAUUUAGCUGUUGCAUUUGUUUAUAGUGAUGUCGGUCUCGCAUACAUUUAUGCAUACACUUAUUGUAGCUACAUAUGUAUGUGUAUGCAAUCCAUGCUUCUAUGCAAGUUUUUUACGAAAAAUUAUUAACUGUAUAUGCAUUAUUAAAACAAUUAUGUAACUAUGAUAUAUUUAUAUACAUACAUAUAAACAUACACAAGUUUAAUAAUGCUUAUGUACAAAAUAUUUGCUGUUGUUAAAUAUUUGUAGUGCAGUAGUUUCAUAUUCACACGCAGGCGCAGCGGUUUUCCCCCCCAAACAACACAAACCAAUACAACACCCAUGCAGUUACAUAAAUAUAUAUGUACGUAAACUAUUUGCCCAAAAACAUAUUGAUGUACAAUGUUUUUGUACAAGUGGACUAAAUUAUCGAUAUACAAAAUAUUACUUGCAGAAUUAAUAUUAACAUUUAUGGCUUAAUUAUGGAAAAAAGCUUGAUAAACAAAAUUAUGCGAAUUUAAUACAUACAUUAAUGAAUACAUAAUUAUUUUUUAGCUCAUUUGUAUGUAUAUAGCAGUUUUUUAAAAUAGAACUAAAAUAUAAGUGGCCAAAUUUUCUUAAACGCAAAAUAGUUUGCAGUGUGUUAAUAUUAAUAUGUGUAUGUUGUCAACAAAUGUACAAACAUUUAAUUCUAAACGCACACGCGCACACAUUCAAAUAUGUAUAUAUUUUAACAUAAACAAUUUGUGCUUAAAAGCUAGCUUACCGGUUACUUGUUAACGGUGUAUUCAUCACUGCUUGCCUGCUGGCUUUUUUAUUGUUCUUUUUUUCGUACCAAUUUUACAUAUUAACCGUUCUUUAAAUGAAUUUUUACAGCUUAAAAAUCAAGCAUAAAAAUAAGAUAAACACAUAAAUGAGCACAUUGCGUAAAAAUUAAUUAAAAUUGUUGGUUACGUAAAUUAUUUGCUUGGAAACGAAAAAUUAUUUGAAUACUAUGAAACUGUUAAGGUUAUGUUGAAGAUAAUGCAGAAUUAAAAAAAAAAAUUUUUUCGUAAAAAUGAACUGUCUCUAUUUUAUUUUUGUACUGAACACAAUUAUCGCAUAUUUGGCAAAAUAUGCAUUUCUAAAUAAUACAUAUGUAUAUAUUUUUUUUAAUAUUUGAGCUGAAGUUUAUAUUUGCUUGUGUUUUAACGUUUUUUUUUUUGUCUUUUUUUUACAGUGACGUUAGUCUACUAGUAUUCGAAAACUGUUUUUGCGUGCAAUACAAAUUGCAGAAUUUUUAUAAAUUAAUUAUUAUUUUUUUAUUGCAUUCACAUAUCGAUUUCGUUUUACAAGGGUUGAAAAUUAAAGACAACUUCUUUAUUAACAUUAAAAAUUAACAAAGAAAAAACACUUCAAAAUUUACAAACAGUUUAAAGCAUUUAAAGUAAAAAAUCUUUAAUCUUCACAAAUAGUUUCUUUUUCAAGCAAAAGCCAAAAUCGCUGACUUUGAAUCAUGUGUGAGUGUCGCGAAAAUGCACAAAAAAAAAAUAUAAAAUUAUAAUAGCAUUUUAUAUGAGAAAAUACUUCUAUACACAUAUAUGUACAUACAUACACUGAAGGCUUUUAAGAAUCUGAAAGCACAAAGAAUUUGGAAGAUUAAUACAACAACUUACAGGCGUGUCUAACGAAUAAACAAACCCAUACGCAAUAAUGACUUCAAUUAAAAAAUAUUAAAUAUUAUAGAAUGUGCAGUAUUUAUAAACACUUGUUUAUAAAUCAUAAUAAACGGCGACACAAAAUUUAUUGACUACUGUUAGAAAUCGAAAAAAGAAAGAAAUUAAUCAUUAAUAUUAAAUAGUAUAGCAUUUAAAGUAACUGCAUCAACCCACUAACCGAUCAUUUUUAUAUGCUCCCACACACACAUAUUUUUGCAUACAGGCAUAAGAAUAAUUGUAUUGUUACCGUUAUUGGUACUAAGCCAAUUAGUAGUGAGGUGUGUUAUGUAUAACUACAACAACUACUGUGUGAAAAAGAUGUGUACGACAGAGAUUUUUUAUUAACAAAUAUUUUUUGAAAUUUGACUAAGCACAGUAUACUAAAAAAGUGUUGUGUAUGCUUAUAAGUAGUAAAAAAAGAAAAAAAAUUUAUAACAUUCAAAUUUGUUUGAAAAGUAAGAGGAAUUUUUAAAAAACACUAUCUUCUUUAAUGUUUGAAAUCAACCAACACUGCUGCAAAUCGACUUAUUACUACAUACAUACAUACAUACAUAAUCUAACUCGAAUUAAACUUAUUGAACUGUUGUUUAUUAAAUUAUACGAAAUAUAGAAAAGUUUUUUAAAGUGAUGGAAAGUUUAAGCAAAAGAAAAAGAAGAAAUAGUAUGGACAAAAGGCACAAAUUAUUAUCAACACUCAAAGCAAAUGCGGCAAAAAACAUAAGAUUGAUAAUUUAAUAAAACAAAAACUAAAAAAGCAAAAAUAAUUCGAAAUUCUGUAAGUAGUGUUUAUAUUUUUGAUAAAUGUUAUUAAAACUCCAAAAUGAAACACAAAUUCAAACUACAUAAAUGCAAAAGCAAAGGUGAAAAAAAGAAAACUUAAAUAAUGCAAAGACGUGAAUAAGCAACGUUGGUUGUUGAAAUGAAACUAAAAUAAUAAUUCAUACGAAAGUGAGAGAAUGAAAAUGUAGCAACCGAAAUGCGCAGGCAUAUUAGUAUUGUUGGAAGCAUACAAUUGCAACGAUUGCAUGGGGACUAGUACCAAAAAGUGUGCAAAACAAAAGUAAACACAACUAAAUUAAUUUAAUAUUGCUUUAUGUUGCAUUAUACUAUGCAAUAGCUUUUUUUUUUGUUUGUUGAAAAGUUAUUUAAUUUUUAGUUUCAGCAAAAAAAGCAAAAAAAAAAAAUAAAGUAGUUUAGCCAGCGCUGCAUUUUAACUAGUUUUCCAAGUUUUCCCUCCACCAACCAAAUGUUUUAACAUAUUAUAGAAAUGUAAAAGUUGAAUGAAAGAUAUUGAUCUCAUUUGUUGUGCGUUGCGGCCUACUAAAGCCAAUUUAAUAUCAAUGUUGUAGAAUGAAACAAAAAAAAAAGAAAU